AUGGCCUCGACUGGCGUCAACGUUCUCCGGUGGUCCGCGCUCGCCGUGGGCGUCUUCUACGGAUUUUCUCAUCAGAGAACGAUUACUACUACACAACGGGCCGAGCAUGCUAAGCACGAAUGGGAGAGCAAGCAGAAGUUGAUAGAUCAGGCCAAGGCCGAAUACGCGAAGAAGAACAAUCCUGCUCCCGCAGCUGCUUCCAAGAAUGAUGUUGUCACCGAUGUCAACGACCCCAAGUUCGAUCUCGAGAAGCUGCUGUUGAAGGUGUCCCAGGAGAGCCCUUAA